GGGGAAUUGGGUUCGGGGAAUCGAUACUGGUAUCAAUACUAUCGACACCUGACGAUUCUGGCAUCGAUACCUAUCGAUACCGGAAAUUAAGGAAUUUUUGCCAAGCCUGGUUCCAUCUAAGCACGAUGAGCAUCUGCCACAAUAUGAUCCAGCAACCUGGUGUUGAAAUCAUCGCCUCCGCUAUUUACCUCGAAACAACACGAAGAGGAAUAGAACAAUCUGGACAUUUGGUGGUUUUUCGCCAUCUCUUGGAUAUCUUCCGUCUUUCACGAGCAUCCAAUCCAGGAGACAUGAUCUACGCCUUACUGAGUCUUGCGUGGAAAGAACUUCACCCCUUUUCGUCUCACCCGGGCCUUUCAGUUCCGGAUUACGAGAUCUCAGUAAGAGAUCUCUUCAUCAAGACUGCAAGAGUAAUGCUCGAAUGCACCAAUGAUUUCCAGUAUCUCUGCCACGUUGAAGACCGCUUACAAAGAAAAUUGCAUGGCCUCCCAUCUUGGGUGCCGGAUUAUACUCCAUACUUAAGGCCGAGUACUUUCUACUUGCAAAGGUUUCCUGGCCCAAACAUGUACCGCAAUGCUGGUAAAGGACUCGAAAAAUACCAGAAUCCAGGCGGUCUAACAUCCGACCAGCUUUUUGUCUCCGGGUUUCGAUUGUCUCGAUUGACUCACCGGUCGAUCCCUUUCCGAUGGGCGAAUAUGUGGAGACGGGGGUUGGUACCAACGACAACUCCAAAUCUUUGAAUUUGUGGCACAGAUUAGCGAAGUGCAAAUGAAGGCACUCGAACCUGAGUGAUACCAGAUAUACGGAUGCUUCAGAGAGUAUAUGCUAAUUGUAUUUGCAGAUCUGUUGGACGGUGCGAAGUGCUUCGGAGAACCUUUUGCGGAAACUAUCUCAAACAACAGUAUCCGGCACCCGAGGGAAUGAAUUCUGUAUUCUUCCAAUGGCUUUGCAUAUGGUGCGUGGUGAGG